AUGGCCGAAUAUCAGCCCUUCAACUUUGGGUUUGAACUUGAGCUGUCUCUCAACAGCAAAAAGAAGCACAAGUCAUGGCUCUUGAUGGCCCAUGAUACCGGCGGUCGUCUGGCCAAGAAGGGAGUGAGAAACCAUGUCAAGGAGAAGGUGGACGGGAACUACCGGAAGUGGUCUGUUGUUCAGGAGAUCACAAUUCCUCAGGACCCGGCCAAGAACAACUGGGCCCUUGAGCUAGUGUCUCCCGUGUUCGGAUUGGACUCGCCCUGGCUGAGCGACACCGAUCACAUCUUCUCCGCCAUCCAAAAAUCCUCUUCUAUACAGAAGGUUCCCCAGUGCAGCACGCAUGUUCACGUCAGCCUGGCUGAUCGAGACUUCACCACGUUCCAGCUGGCGUGCCUGGGAAAGGCAAUCCUUACCUACGAAUCUUGCUUCGACGCCUUGGUUCCCAAAGACAGAACAUCCGCGUACUGGUGCCAGAGCAACCGCCGGAACCCUGUGCUGUCCCGCUGCCAGUCCCUCCAAGAAUGCCUCGACCUCCUCGACGUGGCUUCGCAGCGAGGCACAUCCGCCGUCGUCGAGACCAUGUGCCUGUUCCCGGCCUCCAGCGCCUACGGACGCGCCCACGGACGGAAGAAGGACUUUGUCCACGGCAAAGUCUACAAGUGGAACUUUGCUCGCUUGCUGGGUCAUGACAACAGCCGGACCAUCGAGUUUCGACAGCCUCCCGGCAGCACCUGCAUGGAAGAUGCUGUCGGAUGGGUCUUAUUGACUUUGACGUUCGUCGCGGGGGCGACUGGAGGUGGCAAUUGCAUCGGCUCGUUGGAGUCUGGCGGUGAUGACCGGCUAGAAUUUUGGCAUCUUCUUUGUCACGGUGCGGGGGUCUUCGGGCUUGAUCCGUUCUUGCUUGACGUUUUGAGGAACUUUCUGAGCCGUGUAUGA